UGCUGCCUCCAUCCCAUGGUCGUGUGUCCCCCGUGUCCCUCUGUCCCUGCCCGUCUGCCCGAGCCCCCCUCCGCAGACAGGGACAGGGAGGGGCAGUGGGUGCAGGACCCGGUUCGCAGGGGGCGCAGUGGCUCCGCACAGCCAAGUAUGACCCAGUAUGGCUCGGUACAGCCCGGUGCAGACCAGCAUGGCUCGGUACAGCCAGGUACGACCCGGUACAGCCCAGGUUCUGCCACGGCCAAGCCCGAGCUGAUUCCGCUGCCGGAGGAGAUGGAGGUGCCCGAAUUGCCAGGCUGUGCCAGCACAGGGUGGUUGGUGGUCCCCAAGGUGGAGCCAAACCCCGAGGGUGAUGAAGAGGAGCCAGGGGGCCCAGAGAGGAGCUGCUCAGAGGACUGGCUGGUGAGGAAGGUGAAGGUAGAGGAGGAGGAUGAGGAGUGGCCAGUUGGCACUGAAGCCCUGCUGGCAGGGCAGCCCCCAGCCGGCACUGUGCCCCACACUGCCAACAUACCAGGCUGCGUUGGCACCUGCAAACUGGAACAGCCAUGCCCAGAGGAGCUGGGCUAUGGUGAGCUGCCCACCUUUGCCACGCCACCGUGGCUGCCCCAAGGCCAGAGCCCAGACGGUGCCGGCACUGAUCCUGGUGGCUGUGAGCGCUGCUUCCAGGCAUGUCUUGGCCUGCAGCUGCCGGCAGCUGACCCCCAGAGCUGUGGCGCCACCGCUCCCCCGCGGCCCUUCACCUGUGACCAGUGUGGCAAGGGCUUCGGCAAGAAGGCACACCUGACGCGGCACCUGCGGGUGCACACGGGCGAGCGGCCCUUUGCCUGCGGCGACUGCGGCAAGAGGUUCAGCCAGAAGAUCCACCUGCGCUCCCAUCAGAAGACCCACACCGGCGAGCGACCCUUCCCCUGCGCCGACUGCGGGCGCCGCUUCCGCAAGAAGACCCACCUGGUGCGGCACCAGCGCACCCACACGGGCGAGCGGCCCUUCGCCUGCACCCGCUGCACCCGCCGCUUCGCCCACAAGCAGCAUCUCCUCCGCCACCAGCAACUCCACGAUGAGCCAGCGCCAGUGCCAGCACCGGUGCCGGUGCCAGUGCCGGUGGAUGGGGAUGUGGCACUCAGCGCUGAGCAGAAGCCAUUCCCCUGCCUCGAGUGUGGGAAGAGCUUCAGCUGGAAGAAGAACCUCUCAUCUCACCGGCGGCUGCACCAAAAUGGCCACCCCUUUGCCUGUGCUGAGUGCGGCCGCGGCUUCGGCGACAAGCGGCACUUGACGGCGCAUCUCCGGUGCCACGCAGGGCUGGAGCCAUUUGCCUGCCCCCGUUGCGACCAAACCUUCAGCCACAGGCCAGAGCUGGCCGCCCACCAGCGCAGCCACAGCAGCGAGCGGCCCUUCGCCUGCCCACUCUGUGCCCGCGCCUUCGCCCACCGCCAGCACCUGCUGCGGCACCAGCGGGUGCACACUGGCGAGCGUCCCUUUCCCUGCCCACAGUGUGGCCGACGCUUUGGCUCCCGUACCAACCUGCUGGCCCAUGCCAAAGCCCACGCUGGCACCCGGCCCUUCAGUUGCCAGCUCUGCGGCCGUAGCUUCAGCCGCAAAUCACACCUGGCGCGGCACCAGGCGGUGCACACUGGCACACGGCCCCAUGCCUGCACCCAGUGUGCCAAGCGCUUCAGCUCCAAGACCAACCUGGCACGGCACCAGGCCGUGCACACUGGGCACCGGCCCUACGUCUGCACCCACUGUGGCAAGAGUUUCAGCCGCAAAACCCACCUGCUGCGUCACGAGCGCACCCACGCUGCUGCCGCCACUGCCACCACAACCACACCACAGCAGACCUGGCCAGGCCCCACUGCUACAACCCCUGCCACUCUCUGUCCCUGAGCACCAUGGAUUGAGCUGGGAUGUGCCAGGGGCUGUGGUGGCUCCUGGCAAUGCUGUGUCCAAGGUGUCCCUCACUGGAGCUGCACCACAUGCCAUGGUGAGCGUCUGCCGGGGUGCCAGUGGCAGCAAGGCUGGGGGCUGGUGGCAAACAGUGGCUCUGAAAUGUCUGAAACCCCUCGGAGCAGAGGCUGGGCUGUGCCAUGCACACAGUGAGCCAGGGGUGCUGGGACUCCCAGGACGUGGGUCUCCUCGGGGUGCUGCCAUGGUGGCAAUGAACCAGAACUGCCAAUAAACUGAGUUUGGUCGAA